AUGGCUAUCAACACUGAUGCCGCUUAUGGGAAAAGCUCCCUCAGAGAGAGGGACGUUUCCAACCCCACCGACUUCCAAGACACGGAGAUGCUGCUGAGCACCGCGACUACGGAGCCAACGGGGCAGAGCAACCUGAAGCCGUCCGACUCCUUCUCCCUGAACAUCAGAGGGAGCGUCCGGUCCCUGGACGCCGAUCAGAUCGGACACAGAUCGCCACUAAAAUCGGGCUCUGUCGGGCAGCUGUCGACCCCUCCCAAAUCUACCUCCCGCCUCAGCCUGGGUCAGCUGCCCUCCCCGGUGCCACCGGGGUCCGAGCCCCCGAGCUACCUCUGGCUGGCCGUGCUGUCCUGCUUCUGCCCAGCUGUGCCGCUCAACAUCUGCGCCUUGUGGUACGCACAUGUGUCGAGAAGCGUUCUUCAUACUGGAGAUAUUGAAGGAGCAAAAAAGUAUGGGCGUCUUUCCAUGUUGCUUAGCAGUUUGGCGUUGGUGCUGGGUGUGGCUGUAAUCGUCUUCAUAGUGCUUACAAUAGAGACCCAGGAGGGACACUGA